GAAAGGAGGAAAAAAGGAGAGUGAAACACAGGAGACGGAGGAACAAGGGAGGAGGAUAUUCAGAUAAAUUGAGAUAUAAAGACACAGAAAAACAGAAUGAAAUGAGAAAAGGACUAAAAGGUGAUAUGGUUUAACAGUUUUUAAAACUGUGUGAUGAAUGUUGUAAAUGUGCAGUUUUGGAGAGCAAAGAUAGAAUGCUCUCUUAAUAUUUAGCAAAGUGAUUUUCACUAGUAGGUUUGUAAUGUGCACUUUACUCAAUAUUUAUAAUGCAGAUUUCUAAUCAUAUAUGAAGAUGUGUAAGAGGAAGAGAGAUAAUGAAUAAUGGGUAUCAAAGAUUAGAAUAAGUCACUGAAUCUUUUAUUUUUCCCUGCACUAUAGGAGGCAGAAUCUCAUCCUUGAGUAGAAAGGAGGUAACAUGUCUUCCUGUUUCUGUAUUGGAACCAUCACAGGCUUUUGAGCAACUACUUUUGAACCAUACCCCCAAAGAGGUGACUGCUCCAGAAGCUAUGAUCACAGUUUGCAAUGACAGCCACAGUGAUUUCAUUCUCCUGGGCUUCUCUGAGAAGCCAUAUUUGGAGAAGAUACUCUUCUGGGUUGUUCUGAUCUUUUAUUGUUUGACUCUUGCAGGAAAUAUGGUCAUUAUUCUUGUUUCCUCAAAGGACCCUAAACUCCACAUUCCCAUGUAUUUCUUUCUUUGCAACCUUUCCCUGCUAGACCUCUCUUUCACCAGCAGCUGUGUUCCGCAGAUGUUAGUUAAUUUCUGGGGUCCAGAGAAGACCAUCAGCUACAUUGGCUGUGCUUUUCAACUCUAUGUCUUCUUAUGGCUUGGGGCCACCGAAUGUGUCCUUCUUGUGGUCAUGGCUAUGGACCGCUAUGUGGCAGUGUGUCACCCACUGCAAUAUACUGCUAUCAUGCACCCCAAAUUUUGUCUUCAGCUGGCCAUCCUUGCAUGGGGGGCUGGCCUGGUUCAGUCCUUGGUCCAGUCUCCUGCUACCCUCCAGUUACCCUUCUGCUCCCACCGCAGGGUGGAUGACAUUGUGUGUGAAGUCCCAGCCCUGAUCCAGGCUUCCAGUGCAGACACAACCUACAAUGAAAUCCAGAUGUCCAUAGCCAGUAUCAUUUUUCUGGUGCUACCCCUGGUCAUCAUCCUUUCCUCAUACGGGGCUGUUGCUAAGGCUGUGCUGAGAAUAAAGUCAGCUGCAGGGCAGCGGAAGGCAUUCAGCACCUGCACUUCUCACCUUCUUGUGGUGUCCCUCUUCUAUGGCACAGUGACAGCUGUCUAUCUCCAACCCAAGAACCGCUAUGCUCAAGAACAGGGCAAGUUCCUCACCCUUUUCUACACCGUUGCAACCCCAGCACUUAAUCCACUCAUCUACACUCUAAGGAACAGGGAGGUCAAGGGGGCACUAGGCAGGUGUCUGGGGAAAGGAAAGGGAUUCCAUUAUAGGAAUUACAGCAUGGAAAAAAUAUAA